CGUUCGUAUCGUCAUUUAGUGAAAACGAAAUCGGAACAAAAAGGGAAAAAAUCCGGCACCAAUUCUCUCUUCUCAGAAUCUUUUUAUCUUCUUCUUCAUCAUCCGGAAAACUAGGGUUUGGGGUUUCAUAUACAAAAGUUCCGCAAUUAAGUGACCUUUAAACACCACCGUUUUGCAUUCUCCUUCUUCAUCAAUGGCGACCGAAUUGGUUGUCAACACGGAGAGAGUCCAGAAAUUCUUCAACGACCUCGAGGAGCAAAAGACCAUCCUGUCAACCUGCACUCAGCUAUUCACAACCAUAUCCACCCACUUCAAUUCUCUCCAACACUCCCUUUCCCAAAAGAACCAAUCCCUCGAAUCAAGAAUCCAAGCUCUUGAAUCCCAUUCCCGCGACACCCUCGAGUCCCUCGACAACCGCGAGGCUUCCAUUCCCGAACGAGAAUCCGCCUCCAUCGCCCGCAUCGAGGAGCAGAGGGACGCCGCCUUGGCCGAGUUCGAAAAAAAAUUUCCCGAAAACUUGGAGCUCUCCCAGGCACUUAAAUCAUUUUCCCGGAAAAUGGAUUCGGCGGGAUUGGUGAAAUUUAUCGUUUCCAGGAGGAAAGAGUCCGUGUCUUUGAGGGCGGAGAUCGUUCAGGCCUUGGCGGAGGCGGUGGACCCGCCUAGACUGGUUCUUGAUUCGUUGGAGGAGUUUCUGAAUUCCAAGUCGGCCAAAGCUGGGGUUACGGAUAAGCGAUGGGCUUGUGGAUUGCUUGUUCAGGCUCUGUUUCCGGUCAACAAUUCGGAGAAGAUAGGGCCUCAGUUUGCGAAAAGUGUUGUGGAGAGAGCGGUCAAAAUUUUGGAGCAGUGGAAGGGGCAGGUGGAUGGUGGUGAAUCAGAAGGCUUGGCUUUGGGGGCCGCCGAAGCUGUAAUGUUUGUGCAGAUGGUAGUCGGGUUCAGGUUGAAUGCAAAGUUCGAUAAGGCUUUCUUGAGAAAGCUAAUGAUGGAGCAUGCUUCGAGGAGGGAUAUGACAAAGCUGGCAGUUGCUUUAGAAGAUAAAGAGAAAAUGCGAGAGAUUAUUGAUGAGUUGGUGAAGAAUAGCAAAGAAAUAGAAGCUGUCUAUUUUGCUUGUGAAUCUGGGUUGACUGAAAUAUUCUCUCCUGUUACAUUACUCAAGUCCCAUCUCAGGAACUCCAAAAAGAACGUUGCCAACAUAUUAAAGAAUGGAAACAAUAGCUUGGUUGCAACGGAGGAAUCUAGUAAUGUGGAGUUGAAUUCUAUCAGAGCAAUAAUCAAAUGUGUAGAAGACCACAAACUAGAAUCAGAAUUUUCCGUUGACACUUUGAGAAAGCGAGCUACUCAUCUGGAGAAAGCCAAGGCAGAGAGAAAGAAGAGUUCAGCUGCCUCCAGUAAACCUCAAAAUAAACGAGGGUACAGUGCCAGCAGUGGCCGAGGUGGUGGUGGAUCAUCUUUUCGCCAAUCCAAGGCUGCCAAGUAUUCCAACACUUACUCCUCCUUUAGCCGGAGGAAUGCAAAUCCUCCUCCACCAGUGCAUCACAGCCCUGCUGCAAGAUAUUCUGGAGCAUACAACUACCCUGUUCCAGCUGUAUACGACACACCAGCUCCAGCCCCAUAUCACAGCCCUGCUGCAAGAUAUUCCGGAGCAUACAACUACCCUGUUCCAGCUGUAUACGACACACCAGCUCCAGUCCCAUAUCCAUCCUCAUAUGGGGUUCCUCAUGCUCAAAGCCCUGUUGCGAUUCCUCAACACUAUCUCUCUGCCGACAACUUGAGUAGUACUACAUUUCGGAGCAGUGGUUCUUACAGUGGUCAGACCAACUACGGACCAUAUGAUUAUGCCAAUGCGGCUCAACAAACUUACCAACCGCCCUCAUAUCCAAAAUAGUUUAGAAGUGGAAAUGGCCAAACGAUAAGAGCCUUGUAAUCUUACUUUUUUUCUCUUUUUUGGCCAAGAGAUGAGAGAAUUUUGCCGAAAAUAGCCUACUUUUCAAGUUUAAGCCCGGAAGGUGAUCAAAGGCCCAUAUUUUUAUGUCAGAUAAGGCUUGCAAUUUUUAAUUCCAUUUUCAAAUGAUGUAUAUGAUUAUUAGAUUACGAUUAUUGAACAGUAAAUUAGCAUAAAAUUCUUUAUUUUUUAA